AUGGCGAACUCCUUUCUACCAAAUCGUUUCUUCAUUCUUGGAGCACUGAUUAUUCUAUUGUCAAAUAUCGUUGUCAAUAAUGCCACUUUAUAUCCCACUUUUCCGGACAGUAAUUCAAUUCUCAAACCCAAUGAUCAAAUUGAAAUUACAUGGUCUGACAACACAAAAGAACCUGCACUUUCCACUUUGGGAUCGAUAAAAGUGGAAUUUAUGACAGGCGCGGAUCUUGAACAAACUUUCCUCGCUGUAAUUGGUACAGUCCCCGGGUCCGCCGGGAAAAUAGCAUAUACUAUACCUACAGUUGAACCGGCCGGAAAGAUUUACUUUAUCAGAUUCACAAGCGGAGCAGAUAAUACCAAAUUAUUCUUUACAACCAGGUUCAUAAUCACCGAUCCGAACGGUAAAUACCCGCCACCACCAAACCAACCACCACCAGUUGGCAAAAAUCCCGGUGGAAAUGGUAAAAUUGUAUCUGAAGGCGCUACUCCAUCAUUAACUAGCAGCUUAACAAAUAAUUCUUCGGAUAGUAAAUCAGCCGGAAAUUCAUCAUCCUCUAACACAACUCAUUCUGCUGCACCAACUGGAUUCCAAAUUUCUGAAUUGGUUAUUGGACUUGCUACUUUAUUUACUACAACUUAUUAUCUCUUGUAUUUAUUGUAG